AUGGUCACAGUAAGGCUCCGGCUAGCGAAUGAUAUCUUCUUCGACUGUGUAAAGUGGAAUCACGGUGUUCUUCGUCUCGUGGCUGAGAAGCGUGCACCAAACAGGCAUACCGCGGAUGCUGUAGUCUUCAACCUCCGCGAAAUCACACAGGAAAGCCCUAAUGUUAUCACGGAAACUUCCAAUCCGCUUUCACGAGUCAACACAAGUCACGUCUCGUCUUCUUUCCUCGAUCGAAUCGCUGCAAGCUUUCACGAGUCAACACAAGUCACGUCUCGUCUUCUUUCCUCGAUCGAAUCGCUACAAGGCAACAUGUCCAAGCUUGUAAAGCUGCACAUUCUGUGCCCUACCGAGAGAAUUCGGCAUGUUGUUGGCCGAAAGGAAGCCACUCUUAACUCCAUAAGAACAGACACUUCAGCAGAUAUUAGGUUGAAUGCAACAGUAGCAGCACAAGGAUUCGUUGAUGUCACUAAAUCUGCUUUCGAGACUAUUGAGGCUGAGGCAUCGCCUACAAUAGCUGCUGCACGAAAUCUUCUUCCUCUAUGCAGUACACAUGCUGGAUAUGGUGGCGAAUAUAUUCAAGUGCUGGUUGAAGAUUCUGCAAAAAGCUGCUUAGACGAUGUUUUUAUCAGUGAGGUACAGAGGCGGUCAUUAUCAGUAAUCCAAGACCUCAAGGCAAACCAAGACGCUAUUAUUCUGAUAAUGGGGAAAAAUGAAGAAGUCAGGACUGCUUUCCUUAGUAUUAUGUGCAAGCUCAGGCACCACUUUGUUAGCAAUACCUUUGGAAGAUCCAUUGUCGACGUGCAUGGUCACAACUUGUUUGAUGUUUGGUCUGUCCAUUGCUUGGUGUUGAACACAAAGCAAACCUAUCUGAACACAUCUCACCACUGCUGCUUUAACUAA